AAAUCGUUUUGAUCAAAUUAGAUUGCGAUUCUGCAAACACAGAGAUUCAGCAGGGGUUUUUCCAAACGAAGAAGAAUAUGCUGAGAUCGAGGAAAAUUCUCUCAGCAGCAUUACGAAAUGCUAAUGGCGGAAGCUUGCUUUUCAGAGAGGGGAAGUUUUCCUCCGUUAUCCCUCCCUGCAACCCUUGCCGAUGGACUUCCCUACGAUUCCAGGACGACGUCUAUAAGUUGGCGCAUGAGGCGGCUGUUAAGCAAUCACGAGCUCGAAUUAAAGAUGAGAUGAAUAGGAGUAUAUUUACUGACAUAAAUGAAUUUGAGAAACAUCGUGGGAAGGUAUCAAAAGCGAAUAAGGUUAUAGUUCCUGCAGCGUCAGCACUCAAGUUUCCUUCCCUUGAAGUCUACUUUACGAAUGGUUCUAAGCUUACACUUCCCGUGACCUCCAAAGAAGACGAAGCAAAUUUGUCCUCAUCAAAUAUGGCUAAGCUGUCCCUAACCUCGAAAACUAAUGAUACGAACGUGUUGACGUCAGAUACUGCUGAAAUAGACAGUGCUAAGGCGUCUUUAAUAUGUCUAUCUUUUCGGGAAAUCUCGCGGGCUAUGGUUGACUCGUGGACCUCACCCUUCUUGAAAGCAUUUGCACAUUCAAGUGAUGUUCGUCUGUACGAGGUGUCCUUAACGGAUCAAUGGUUAUUGUCACGUAAGCUCAUAAGGAAACUACUCCUUAAGUACAUGAGGAAACCCGCGCCUGCAGAGAAGCAAGAUGCUCUGCAGAGGCAGAUCGUUUAUUCCUUUGGUGAUCAUUAUUACUUCAGGAAGGAGCUUAAAAUAGUAAAUCUUCUUGCAGGAUAUGCAUUCUUACUCGACAAAUCUGGUAGAAUACGGUGGUCAGGUACUGGAGCAGCAACAGAGGAGGAGGUGUCGUCGCUUUUACGUUGCACAUCCAUGCUGCUGGAAGAGAAGUAAGAAACAAAUGUUUUGAUUCGAUGUUCAAAUUUGAGGACACUUCAUCGCGCAAACAAGACGGAACGAGAUCGUUGUUUUGGAAGAGUAGCUGCCUGCCAAUAAUCCUUUUACAAGCUGUCUAACUCAAUAUCUAUUUCCAGAUGGUUUUGACCACAUGGAAUUCUGAUUGCAAAGGUCGUAUGCAUUAUUGCAUUUGAUUUUAUGCACUUUCAUAUGGCUUUUGUUUGACCCUAUUUGCAAUAAAUCAGAGACGAAGGAAUUAAAUCCAAUU